AUGUCUAGGAAAUUAAUUGGUGGCAUAGAAGGGGGAGCAACACAUUCCAAUGCAGUUAUACUGGAUUCUUCAGGAAAUAUAUUAGGACAAGCUCCAGGACCAGGAACAAACCAUCAUUUAGCAGGCAUGAAAGAAGCUCAAAAAAGGAUAGCUCAACUUGUAGAGGCUGCAAAAAGUAAAACUAACAUACCGCUCGAUACCAAAUUAGAUGCCUUGGGUCUAAGUCUUAGUGGCUGUGAACAAGAAGAAAUUAAUAGAAUUUGUAAGGAUGUACCAUGA